CGCUAUACGCGGCACACAGUCACGACAGUCACAGCAUAGUCUCAAAUUGUCUCCUCGUAGUUUUGUAUAUUAUCAACCCUACGAAUACGAGAUUUGAGUUUCAACACGGCAGAUGGUCAGGCGGAUAUUCAAACAUUGUUAAAUAUGAAAGAAGCAGCGAAAGGGAGACAGUUAGAUGUCUCCAUCGAAGACAUUCGAUCAAGCUGGAAAGUUCCGGCUAUCGCACAUUUCUGCUCGUUGUUUCGAAGCACAUUUUCACUUCCUGAUUUUGAGAUCGAGGAAUUAGAGGAAGCCCUUUUCCUGGAUGCAGGGGUGGAGGAAAGCGACUUUAUCGUCAAUCUGGUCGUACAACUUCUUCGCGGCAUACAUGGAAUUAAAAGCAUGAGGUCCGAGGAUCACCUAGAAUAUCUACGAUCUGUCAUGAAAGAACAGUGGGAACUGGGAGAGAAGCGGGUCAACCCACUCAACAGUCAAGAUGUGACUUUCAAGAUGCUUCCUACUCUAACUAAAGUAGAAAUCCUACAUGCGCUGUGUGACUAUCGACUUGAUGCUGCAGAUGUUACUGUUCUUAAGGACUAUGAUGGUGACAAUCUGCGUGUAGAGCCACUAGGAACAGACCGCGCAGGUGCUACCUAUUGGUACUUCUAUGGUACUCGUCUUUAUAAAGAGGACAGACAACUGACACAAGAGGAAAGAAAUGCAAAGCACAAACAAAAGCUAAAAGAGAAGCGCAGGCAAAAAAAGGACCGUUUGAAAGCCAUAAAAAGUAUGAAAGAAGCAAGGAGAAAACACAAACAGAAGAUAAAGAAGGGAAAGAGCAAGGGAAGUGGCAGAGAUAAGAAAAAGAAGAAGAAAUCUUCCAAAUUAAGUGACGAUGAAGGCAGUCAUGAACUGGUAACUGUGCAACGUCUCCAGAACCUGACAGAUAGUAGCAAUGUCAAGAAAGGACAGAGGAGGAAGACCAGUAACAGUGAGAUCACAUCAGCACCCUCAAGCAAACUACAGAAAAACACAAAGAGUAAACAAAGACUCAACAAUAACAACACGCCUAAUCAAAAUGGGAUGAAAAAUGUAGACAAAUCCAAGAAAUCUGGAGCAAAGAAACAAAGCCUGAAGAAAGCAGAAAAUGAAAAGAAACACAAAAUAACAACUUCUAAAAAGAGUAGUACAAAUAAACGCGAGAGAGCCAUUCCUUCAAAAUGUAAAUCCUCAAAAACAGAAAUACAGCAGAGUGCCAAGAGAGCAGCCAAAAGCCACAAUGAUACAAAAGCAUCUACCUCUAAAAAAGGACGGAAUAAAGCCAACGAAACAAGGUCUCUACAGGCUGGUCCCGGUAAAUCAAGAAAGCGCAAAGUUAUCAAGUCAAAAGCAAUAAUCAGUGAAAGUGAAGAGGAUAGUGAUGAUGAACAGCCAUUGACAAAAAUUGCAAAAGUUCAAAGAUCUCAUAUGGAUGUUCAAAAGUUCAAAGCAAAUCAAAAGAAAUCAAGCAAAAGUCGUUCAGCAUGUAAAUAUCAGACAGUGAUGAAGACAAAGCCAAAAAAAGCAGCUAGCUCUGAGUCAAAAGAUCACAUCAAACAGGAUCAAAUUCAUGCACAAACCAACAAAACAGUCCCCAAAACAAACAGGCUUCCCACAACUUGCAAUAAGGUGUGUGAGAUGACUACAUGGAGUAGUGAAGAGGACGUGUCAUCUAGUGCGAGUGUUCCACAGUCAAGUGACACAGAUACUGACAGUGAAGAUGAUAUGGAACCACCACGAUGGCAUUUGGUCUGCCAUUCACAAGAAGAUUGGCAGCAACUUACAGAUUUCUUCAAGAAGAGCAAAGUGCAAUGUGAGAAAGAAUUGUACAAGACUCUUGCCAAUGAUUUCCUUCCAGAAAUACACAGCCUGUUUGCCGCUAAGGAAAAAGCACUGCGUAAGAAACUUCAAGAAUUAGCUCCAAGAAGAGCAUCAUCCCGAGUUGUCAUCAUGCAGCUCAAACGGGAAGAGGAGGAACGAUUGAAAUCCAUUGAGGAGGCAGAGCAGUCCAGUAGAAGACAGCAGAUUGAAGAAGAGAAGCGGGAGAAGAUGAAACUACGCAACAAGUUACAGCAACAUCCAAAUCAACAUGAGCACGUAGAUGGUGACAAAUCGUUAAAAACAUCACAGAGCUCUGUCCACAAAAAGCAAACAGACUCCAAGAAAGUAAAGAAAGUAAAUGCCUCGAGUGAAAGCAUCCAUGCACCAUUGCAGCAAGUGUAUGAUGCAGUCAGUAAACAUGAAGAUUCCUGGCCGUUUUUAGAUCCUGUAGAUGAAGCAUAUGCACCUGCAUACUAUCAAAUUGUCAUCAAACCAAUGUGUCUCGGCUUCAUACAAGAGAAGCUCAAGAAAGGGGACUACAAGACUAAAGAUGAGUUUGAAAGAGACAUGAACCAACUAUUUACGAACUGUCUGGAAUACAACGGUCCUGGAAAUGAAUACACCUUGAUGGCUGAGAAUCUUAAAUCUUGUUUGGAGUACAACAUGGACAAGAUAUUCCCAAAAGAGGAAGUUGACAGUGAUGGGAUUGACAGUGAUGGUAGCUCAAGUGUUCUGGACCACUAUGUACAUCAAAGACCUCCACAGCGUCAAUCUGCAAGAAAUGCCAAUACACGACUGGAAAAAAUGGAUGAUAAGGUGUAUGCUAGACUAAGGGGUCUAAGCAGUAGUGAGUCUAGCAUUGUUGAAAGCCAGGAUAGUUCAAGAGUUGCUAGUGAUGAGGAGGAUGAUACAGAUGUGAAUAAAAUAAAGGAAGAAACUGUCAAGAGUGAACACCAAGUUAAAUUGGAGCAGCAUGAAGAUAGGCAAGAUCAUGGCAAUGAUGAAGGCAACCAGAAUGAUAUCAAGGUCUCCUCACUCACUGACACUGAUGACGUGCCCACUAUAAAUAGUCACAUGAAACAAGAAACAUCCAUAUUGUCUACAUGUACAAUAAACUACUCUGAGAAUGAUGAUCAAACAAAUAAACUGAAUGCUGAUAAAUCCCCCACCUGUACUACUUCCAGAAAAGAUUACCAAAAUGAUGCCAGUGCUUUCAAACCAAGAGGUGUUAUUGCAUUUGCACCUUGUUUAUUAUCGAAAGAGCAAGCUGUUGACGAUAUUCCCGUUAAAGAUAUACAUCAGCAACAGACACAACCAUGCAAUGAUGAUAAAAAAGAAUUCGAACAAUGUGGGAAAGAUGUUCUGGGUGCUGUUACAACUGAAUUAGGUUGUAAAGAGAAUCAGGGUCAGAUGUCAAAUGCUCCCUUGCAGGCUUCCAGUACCUCAAAGGCAAACCGUGUCAAGCCUGUCCAAAAUGUACGUCCAUAUGUACCCGACAGUCAUUCUGAAGAUGGUAAUGCAAUGCAAUCUUUACCACGUGAUCAGCACAGAGCAACACUAACAUCUCAGGGUCCACCAGCAAUGAUAGAUUUGAAUUCCAGACGUCUUGAUGUUUUGAAUCCAAUGACAUCAUCACCAAGUGAAAGAGACAUACCUUUUCACAGUGAAAAUUCCUUUGGCUUGAAUCAAGCUGUACCUCGGGGAAAUUUGUUUGUACCUUCCAGUCAGAAUCAAGGUUUUCAGCAUUCCAAGCAAUCUGCACACUCAGGGACCAAAAGUCAUCCUCAAAUUACAAACAUUAAGUCAGAAAAUCUACCUGACCUGCCAGCACCAUUGACAGUGUUACCAAUCCAAGAAACUGCAGUGCAUCAUGUUCCAGCCGUGCAGCCUUUGUUGCCUUCAUCCAACUCCUUUCAAGCAUCACACUGGAACGAACAACAGUCGACAAAUAUAACAAGCAAUCCCUUCCAAUAUUCUGGACAUUUUCCACCCCCAUCAUCCCAGAGCUCUAGAGGAACUAAUGUAAGUGAGCUGACACAGAAAUUAUGGCAUCCACUGGGUUUUGAAGAUAAAAGUGCAUCUGGCUAUCCUGCGGCUGAUAAGUCAGCUUUGUAUAUGCACACAAUGGCAAAUCAUAAUGAGAUGCAUCCAGAUCACAAGAAAUUAUCCCAAGAAGGUACCACAAAGGCAGCCCAAAGCAAUUCACAAAGUCGCAAUAUACUUGAGUCACUACUUCAUGGAAAGUCUAAUAUAUGUACAUCAGAAAACCAGCAAUCAAAUUAUGCCUCCAAAAAUCUGUAUAUGUUGUCCAUGUCAUCCAAAAAGAACGCCAGACAGGAUAACCCUGACUUCAUUGCUAAAGAUGAUAGCAUUGCUUCUAUUGAUAUGAGGCAGUUUAACUUGUCAUCAAGUGGAAAUGUCCAUUAUCGAGAUGCUCCUGGACAUUGUCAUACAGACAAAAAGGAACAACCCAACAGAUCAAGGCAACCAAUGUCUAAUCAUUCACCAGCUCAUCUGGGAUUGAGAUAUGUACCCCCAGUGUACUGCUCUUCUCUUCAGGGAAGUGUCCAACUACCUAAUCAAACAGUUGAAGCUGCUGCUUCCAACUCUAGUCAGUCAGUAAUAAGACAACCAGAGAAUGUCAUGCAAGGUGCAGAGACAUCUAUUGCCAGACAACAGAAAGUGGCAUCUAUUCCACAGUACCCACAUUCCUCUUCAGACCAGAGUAAUGUAGCCGGUCGCGCAGAUCAUGGAAAGGAUAACAUGUCUCAGGUGCAAAUGAGACAUGCAGACAAAGGUGGAGGUAUUGGAACAAUGAUGCCAGUUGGAAAAUCUGAGAGUUUUCUUUCUAUGCUGACAACUGACUCUAGAAGCAUGAAAGGAUACAAAGAUCAUUUUGCUGCGAGGGGAUAUGCUGGGCCUAGACCUGCAUAUAACCAAGCACAUUCGUCACUGUAUACUGACCACCCGGUGCAUGCAGGUCAAGCCAGUGUAGUCUCUCAUGGGUAUCCAUCAGGGUCACAUUUAAAUCAUCUUCUUCCAACUAGACAGAAAUCAGACGGCCAAACAAGUUCUGCAUUCACACCACAUCCAUAUUCCAGCCACUCAGUUUUUAGGAUGCAGAGACCAAGUCAUGCUCUGUUCCCACAGUAUAUUGGUCAGCAAGAGGCUGAACAAUUUGCAAGACAACAGUAUCAACAGCACAUGCAUCACAGAGCUGGUGUGGGUACAGGGCUUACAGCUUACAGACCCCAGCCUUCCCACACGUAUCCAGACAUGGCCUACUACACACAGCAUGGUGUUGGCAGUCCAUUACUAGGUAACCAGCCUGUUGGGGGAGUAGGAGCGCCUGUUCCUUUUGAUCCUACCUUGUUAUCACAUCCAUCUCACAUGCAAGGAUACAAGUGACAUCACAUUUUUACCUCUGGCAGCCUUACUGAGUAGGUGUACAUGUACACACAAACACAUAGUUUGAAGUUGGUGGGGUGGGUUUUUUUUGGGGGGGGGGGGAUGUUGGCGGGUAUCUUUUUUUCACAAAUCUUUGUUUAAUAUUUCAUUUUGAUAAUUUUUCUUUGGGAUCAACUGAAGUUUUAAAUCCCAAGUUGCUCAUCAAAUAACCAGUGAAUAUCUGCCUAGGGAACAAGUCAGCCAAUCAUAAUUUGUGUAGUUUAUAUUGCACACAUGUAUGCAUGUGUGUAGACAUGUACAUGUAUAGGCCAUACUUAAGAUGAUACAGAAAGGUGAUUUUAGGUGAUGUAGACAAGGAAACAUACCUCUUUUCAUGAUAGAAAGAUCCUACAACAUAAAUGUGCUCCUUAUAUUUUGAAGUACUGAUGUUUCUUUAAUGUGAAUAAGAUGGUGGCAAUUAAUACAAAUGGUUUUCAAUAUGUUUGUCACAAUCGUAUUAAUAGAAUGCACCUUUCAUGUAGCUAACUUUUAGUCUUAUAUUGUGUAUAUGGUUUGUAUUAGAUCAAUAUUCUCAAUACAAACAUUGCUGGCAAUUUUGUGAAAACAUGAUACCAGUUUUGUACUGUGAAUAUUUAAAACUUGAUCAUACUUUUUCUACCGUACACUGUUAAUUUUUAAAGAGCAAUUUAAACCAGAGAGAUCAUUUUUUUUAAUCAAGUAAUGAAUGAUUAUUUCAGUUUGCUAUUUCCCUUGCAAUGUUAAUAUUGAUGUUUGGGGAAAAAAAGGAAUAUAUUUUCCCCAAGUUAUGGCAGCAGGCACUCAUCCUGUAAUAACAAGUGUGUGGUCAUUACUUAUGUCACAGAAAUGAAUAUUCACUCUGUUAUAUGAAAUAGAGUACAGUGUCUAUAGCAACAUGUCACUGUAACCACCAAUGGCCAAAGUGCACAGAAGUAUUUUUUUAAUAUUUCUUUAUUCGAAAAUCAGAGCAAAUGUCCAUGAACUUGCUAUAGUCCAUUAUUUGCAGCCAUCCGAAAAGUAACUGGCCUAAUUAUUGUUGAAAAACAAACUUGGUUGAAAGAUAGUAAGGGAACUAAACUCCCUGUGAAAUUAUUCU